ACAAAUUUGGAGUACAGAGUUCAAUUUAAGCAAUCAAUCAUAGAACAGAUGCUUGAAGGAUGGACGCUUCCUCAAGCUUUGGAACAAGGAAGAAUAUUCAUGUUGGACCACCUUGACUAUCUCAUGCCAUACUUGAACAGAAUAAAUGCAAAUGGGGUAUCUGCUUAUGCAUCAAGGACACUUCUAUUCUUAAGAAGUGAUGGCAUGCUUAAGCCACUGGCAAUAGAACUCAGCUUGCCGGGAUCAUCUCUAGCUCUUGAAAUCCAAAGAGUUUUUCUUCCAUCAAAGCAAGGGACACAAGCAGCACUUUGGCAGCUUGCUAAAGCUCAUGUUUUAGCUAAUGAUAAUUUUUACCAUAUACUAGUAAGCCAUUGGUUAUACACACAUGCAGUUGUUGAACCAUUUAUCCUUGCUACCAAAAGAAGGCUAAGUGAAAUGCAUCCAAUCCAUCGAAUAUUGAAUCCUCAUUUCAAAGACACCAUGCAUAUAAAUGCCUUGACUAGACUUAUCCUUAUUAACUCUGGAGGAAUUCUUGAGAGAAUGUUAUUUCCUGGUGAAACCUGUAUGCAAAUAACCUGUGAUCUCUAUAAAGAGUGGAAAUUUACUGAACAAGGACUACCUGCUGAUCUAAUCAAAAGGAGCAUGGCUUUAGAAGACCAAGAUGAGAACAACUCAACUGGGAUUCAACUUCUCAUGUUGGACUAUCCCUAUGCUAUUGAUGGACUUGAAAUAUGGGUUGCCAUCAAAUCAUGGGUCAGGGACUUCAUCUCAUUCUUCUACAAAGACAAUGAAGCCAUCAUAGCUGAUACUGAACUCCAAGUAUGGUGGUCAGAUAUUCGAACUAUAGGCCACGGCGACAACCACAAUGAGACAUGGUGGUAUCAAAUGACAACACUCUCAGACCUUGUAGAAACGCUAACAACUCUCAUAUGGAUUUCUGCGGCGCGUCAUGCAGUUAUAAAACACCAAAAACAUGCACAAAAUGGUAAUUACCCUCCUAAUUAUCCUACACUAUGUAGAAAGUUCAUUCCACUAGAAGGAACAGUUGAGUUUGGUGAGUUCCUCAAGGAUCCUGAUAAAUUCUUCAUGAAGAUGUUUCCUGAUAGGUUUGAGAUGAGUCUUGGUUUGACAUUGGUAGAUUUUCUAUCAAAAAACAGUUAUGAUGAAGUGUACUUGUUGAGAUGUCAACCAUCACAUGGUUGGAUAGACAAUGAAAUUGUUCUCAACAGAUUUGCUGAGUUCAAAGAAGAACUUAAGGAGAUUCAGAUAAGGGUUUUUGCAAAGAAACAAAGAUCCAAAGCUUAA